ACACAGACACACACUCCCACCACCACCACCACCACCCAUCGUCACACACACACAGACACAGUCACACAGACACACACUCCCACCACCACCACCACCCAUCGUCACACACACACAGACACACACUCCCACCACCACCACCACCACCCAUCGUCACACACACACAGACACAGUCACACAGACACACACCCCCACCACCACCAUCCACCCAUCGUCACACACACGCAGACACAGUCACACAGACACACACUCCCACCACCACCAUCCACCCAUCGUCACACACACACAGACACAGUCACACAGACACACACUCCCACCACCACUACCCACCCAUCGUUACACACACACACACAGACACACACCCCCACCACCACUACCCACCCAUCGUCACACACACACAGACACACACACACUCCCACCACCACCACCAUCCACCCAUCGUCACACACACACAGACACACAGACACACACUCCCACCACCACUACCCACCCAUCGUCACACACGAGACGCGGCUUUGACAGCUCCGCGACGGGGCCGUUACUGAAGUCGCCGACACGUUUUUUACAACCCCCACAACACUAACCACGACAACAACAACAACAACAGCAGCAGCAGAGGAUGAGUGGUGGUGGUUGUUGUCGUCUGGGGUGAGGCCGCGUGAUGCCAGUGAGGCGUGGGCGACCUGUGAGGAUCGCGGCAGAAGAAGACGACGACGAUGAUGGUGGUGGUGCUGAUGCCGCUCGCCAUCGCCGCCGCGAUGUUGGAGGCCUGUGAAGCCAAGUACUGUAAUUACCACAAGGAUGGUUUCAGCAGGCCUUUCACGUGCCCCCCGUACGAAGAUUGCUGUGGGAAAAAGUGUUGCGUCCGCGUGAUUUCCCUCUACCGCAUCUGGUAUUUCUGGUUCUGCCUUCUGCUCGGGAUCCUCUUCUGCUGCGGCUCGGGGCUGUGGCUGCGCAGGAGGUACCUGGGGCCACGCGGCAUCGCAAGCCAGCCCCCGCUCACCGUCACGUACACCGCACACGCCAGCGGGCCCAGGGCCAGGAGGUUCCACAACACGCUGCCCUCGGGGAUGUACUUCUACACGGAGCAGGGACCGUUCCCCGGCGGGCAGGUGCCGGUCGUGUACCCGUACCCGCCGCAGCCCUCCGGCAUGCCGCUGUACGAGCCGGGAUACCCGCCGCCCGUCUACCAGCCCCCGCAGCACCCGCUCGCGUGCCACGCUCAGCCGCACCCGUUCGGCGCCCAGAGCCUCGGCCACCAGACUCAGCCGGGCGAGCUGUCGGUGCAUCAUCACCGUCAGCAGUACGUGCCGUACCCGACGCCGAUGGCUCCUCCGCCUUCCUACGAGGAGGUCGUGAAGUCCUCGGCGCCGCGGUGAAGCGCGUCUCGUGUCGUCGCAGCGUCUCGUCGUGUGCGUCGUAGACCUUUCCCCUACCCUGUUGGCCGCACACUCGUGCAUGCGCACACACGCACACGUAUACACACUCGGACGAGAUUGCCCUGUUUAGCCUUGUCGAAUGUAAGGGUGAGUGCCAUUCGUGAACACCGUUUAAGACCAGGCCUGGGACACAAAGGGGUCGUGUGGCCGGCACUAUGCCUCUCCACCUUUGUAUCCCCAGUGCUGAUGUUCACACAAACCGUACCAAUUACAAAUUUAACGAUGACUUGACCUAGGGGACACUCCAAAAAAGCACCACUUACAUGGCGUGCACAGGUGGGAACUCAAUCCAGGCCAUCGGGGUCAGAGCGCAGUGUGCAAAGCAACGCACCACCGCACUUCACGUGCAAACAUCGACAAAGAUACCCCCCCCACACAGCCUUCAGCAGGUUAUUGAGGCAAGUGCUGUUAGCAAGCACCUAUGAAGGCCACCGCAGCUCAGGACGGGGAAGCGUGUCCAGCACCACACCCAGCCGCCUUUUCCUCCACAAUUAUACAACAACAACCGCUGUUCGCCACUAAGUGGCGGUGAUGUCACCAAGGCGCUUGUGCCAGGAUGGGUGCACCUUUAGGCCUCGCUGGCAGGAGGUCAUGGGACAGACGCAGGUGUUAAAACCCAAUGGUUCACACGCAGACGUACUUAUUGAAUGUUUUUUUGUUAUUGCAUCCUAGCUGUCAUGUUGUAUUCUAGGUAUACAGAGAGGAGAUCUACUGAGUGGCUUCGUGUGGAUUAGGCCCUUAUCAGUGGCACAGAGACAGGUUAAAAUCCUGAGCCAGGUUCGAUUCUAAGUUUGAAACUUGGGCUCAUACCUCCCAAUAAAGCCGUGUUGUUCAUUGUGAUGGGCUUACGAUCUCUCCCCAUUCACCGGACAGUUUCUAAACUGCGGACUUAAGGUAAAUAUGCAUUACAUAUUGGAUUAUAGGCACAAGGGGAACAACGUGUCUGCUUAGCCGAGGUGUUUGUUUUACUGAUAAGAGGAACCUCCUGAGAGGACACGGGAAUGUAUUGCAGUUGGAAUGUGUGUCAUCCCUGCCAAAGGUUGUCCCACGUAGGAAAUGAACGCCGCUAAAUGUGUGAUGUUACUAGAAUGAGCCUGCUGCUUUUGUUUGUGCCUUGUCUGCAUUAAAUAGCACAGUGGACUUGUACUCUGCAGUCAUUGGUGACAAUGCAUUAUACAUGUGCGUAUGGACAUCAAAUUGCUUCAGCAUCCAUUACAACAGCGGGCAUGCAUCACAUUUGGAGAACACUUCUUUGGUUAUAUCGCCAGCAUUCUGUUAUCCUGUCAGGUACUGGGUGAGUGGUUGUCUCUGUCCAUGUCCUCCACAAAUGUCAUCGGCCUUGCGUAGGACCGUGCUGACUGCAGUGAUAAAAUGUUACAUUUGUCCGUGUGUGUUGUAUGUGUGCGCAACUAUUAGUCGUGUGACAAGCGGUGGUGUCACGGUCAGCACGCUGCACUACAAACUCGACGACCUGAAUUCGAUUCCCGCGCACGGGAAAUACCGGUGACGAUUAUCUGAAACAGUCCUGGGCCUCCUUGAGGUCGACUCAACCUCUAAUGAGUACUCUUAGGUUUUUUCGGUAAAGCCACGUAGGUAAAAAUAAAUAAUACAAAUAAAUAAUAAAAUAAUGGUGAUAAAAUAAUAAAUCACGACGUUUCGGAGGCAACACAAGUCUCCGUCAUCAGGUGGGACCGUCACAGCUAAAAUUUACUGUAUCAAGUGAGGCAAAAUUCCAAGAGACAAUGUGUACACAUCACUACUAAGGAGACAAAGGUGGCCGGGCGUGGUUCUGGCCACCCAACACCCAGGUGCGCUGUGCCGUCCUUCAUAGGUGCUCGCUAACAGCACUUGCCCUAAAAUCUGUUAAGGAUCUUUGUUGAUUGUAACCAUUAGUGACGGAACUGAGAACAUCGGGAUAUUCGAACACUGAUGACCCAUCUGUUCUUCAAUCGGCUGCUGUUUCAAAUAACCUUAAUGUUAAAUUUCGAUUUAAAGCUUUCGUGACUGCAGGGAUUCAUCUUCUUGGUUCUUUCGGUAAAGUCACGUAGAAUGGAAAUAAUAAAAUAAUAAAAAUAAAACAAUAAAAUCAGUCUGAAUAACUCUGUCUUCUCGACAGACCUGUUCUCCACCUGAGGACGGCUGCUUGCGUUGUGGCCGAAACGUCGUGAGAAUUAUUUUAUUAUGUUUUACCGAAAGAACCAAGAAGAUUAACCUUAAUGUUGCCGCUAAAAUCGAAGGCUUCUUCACAGGGCUCUUGACUGGGGCAUCAAUCGUGAGCAUUGUCCACCUUGCCAAUCUUGACGUACUUGUCCACUGUCCGUGUUCUAAUUCAAUGCACGGCACCUGGGCAGAGUAGCUUGGGAUGUCAUGUGCCUAUCCACCAGUCUCAUUCUAAAAAUUGCUUAGAUUGCCUUUGGCAGGUCAAAGUGGUCCAUGGUUAUGGAACUUCCCGUUAGUGGAAGUGAUUUUGUAGUGUCAGGGCGCAGAAAGUCCACACGCGCUCUGUGACUGAAGGCAUGGGGCUCGGUCGCAUCUUCUUAACCGUCAGGUUGUUUCUGCGUUUUUUCUUUAUUUUGUAAAAACGCUUUGGAUAAAUUACAGUGGAUAUUUGUUGAAAACUCUUGAGUGCUAUAAAGAUUACGUUUUUUGAAGGAUUAGGCAGGUAUUUUCUGAAGAUUGGUGCCACGAUUACAGUGGUGGAUUUUGGUUAACGAUACAGUCAAGAUGCUGCUAUUCCACGUAUUAUAUGCAGUAUACACACAAUACAAUACAAUGCAAAUUGCAUGAUAAUUUGGAUUUAUGAAGCCUCUGAAUGCGACUACAUCUCAAGAAGCUGAACAAAUUGGGGAACAUUUACAAAGAGAUCAAUUGAAGCAUUGUAGUGGGAUCUUGUGAUUCUCACGUUAGUACAGUGUCUGUUGAAAUUACGCCAUAAUUUAAAGCAGCUGCUUGGUAGGAAGGCAAUUGUUACCGAUAUUUUGUGGAGAAACAGACGAGUCAACCCAAUCAGUGCAAACGUGGUUUUUAACAACACAUUAGGCACAUUCUGCAUAUUGUUUUCUAUUAAAUACGUAACUCUAUUUGUUUGCAGUGUGCUAUAUAGCUUUAAUUAAUUCAGUCUCUCUGCUAAAAUUGGUAUUGGUGUCUUUCUCCAUAGGUGGCUCAAAGCCAAUGGUGAAAAUUACAAAUUCCUAUGGCAAGGCUGAGUCACUGCAAAGGGCAACCACUGUUGGGACUUCGACAAGGUGGUACUUAAUGUAUUGACUCCAGACGAUAAAGGUGGCCGAGUCAAAUCCCCGACCAGGUUUCGAAUGUGAAUUGAUCACUCUGUGACGGCACCACCUAGCCGGAUGAUCGGUACGGAGUAAACGUGACAUGAUGUGCGAUAGGAUUAGUCCAGCAAGUCGCAUUAACAUUCCAAAUAGAUAGCAUGCUGGUAUUCGCCCAUUUCUGCGGGCAGAUUUACGUUCGGCACAUUUCAUGGCAUCUGCCUUUGCGGUAAUGGCCAUGAGCGCGCGUCAACGGCAAGUGCAGCGCUACAGACGUUUCACGGCAACGUCUUGUCGUGAUUGCUGCCUCCAAGCGCAGUCGACAAACAUUUCGCUGGGGGGGCUGUCAAGGAGUCGAGUCAAACGAAAAAACGCGCAGCAAACCUAUGGCAUAUUUUCGUCGCACCUCCGGUUAGAACGGUCGGCUACGUAUGGUGCGAAAGAAGUUUAACACAUACAUCUGUUGCUAUGUUUGAUCCUUGAUGUUCGUUUAGUAUUCACCAAUAUAUGAAAUAGAUGUUUGUCCAAACAUAGCAACAGAUGUCAUGCCAUAUCGACGUGCUCAUUAUAAAGAUUUUAAUUAACUACACCAACCCCCUCCCUUCCCCAACAGGAUUUGUGUCUUCAAUAUAUUUAGCCACCAGCCGCCAAUGAUUAUGUAUUAUAAUAAUAGUGAGUUGGAUAGUCACAUUUGUCGUCAGAGUUGGGACUGCUCUCGCAGUGGACACACGCGUUGGCGAUCCGAAGGGGAAUUCUCAUCCCUGAGCAGUGCUGGUUACAGCGCAGUGUUUUCACAAGCGUCCAUCACACGCCGUGUGGCCAUCACCUUGGACACCUCGCGGCAUUUGAUUAGUUAAGCACGCUGCGUCGGACCAAUGUUUGGCGAGCAAUUCACAACGCUGGUCAAUUGAUGUUCACUCUUCAUGUCUCCGUUGCAGUCAUCGUUUCGUUUGUAGUUAAGAAAUAUGGCGGUUGAUUUCUGGAAACAGGUCUGCCUCCAAAACUAGCACACUUCAUUUCCCACUUAAUGAUCUCCAUCAACAGAUAAUAAAUAAGGGAGUGGCAGUAGAGUCAUCGUCGCUUUAAGUGGUUUUCUAAGGUGUUUUUUGAAAUUUUAAUACACAAGACUAAUAGAAAAAAAACUUUCAUUAUUGCUAAUCUAUUGUCGACUUCUCACAAUUGAAAGGUUGUGAAUUAAAAUCCCAGUUGGGGGUUGACUCAGCCCAUCAAUUUGGGAUCAAUGAAUUUGGGAUCAAUGAAUUUGGGAUCAAUGAAUUUGGGAUCAAUGAAAUGAGUAUCACUUUGUGAGAGAUCGACAGUGGACUUCUUAUGGACAAAUUAAAACCUGCCACAUAAAUGGAGAAUUUCCACACUUGGCCCAGGAUUGUGGAACAAUGAGUGUAAUGUCAGGAUGGGAAACUAGCCGCUGUACAGCGUGAUUCAACAAAACUGCGUUCCAUUUUUAAAUCCUUUAUAUUAAGUUCACUUGCUUGCUUGCUUGCGCGCUUACGACUGUGCAAAUCUUUCGGUCGUUUUUUAACCCACUUCCGUGAUCCAAUCGAGCUGACAUUUUGCACACAGACUCGUUGUGCGUGACAAUUUAUUUUCGUGAAAUUUUUUUUCCAAAAUUUUACACUUUUUAGGAAAAAAUAAGUUAUAUUUAAUUACCAAUUGCUUAAUGGUGGCAGGCAAUUAUCUGACCCAUAGGUGGCAGCCAUCUCAAGCCAGAGGACGAGAGGACUCUAGCCGCCACGCAUAUAAAGGAUUUAUAGUGAAAAACUGUUUUUACGGGUUAAUUUUUUGUUCAUUGUGUUAACUCUUUAUUCACACACACACACAGCCGGGAAAUCACAUUCCAAAGGUCUGAUAUUUAAUUGUCAUUGGAAAAUCUGUCUAUGUAUGUUAGUUCAGUGCUUUAAAUUCAAGUAAAGGGCUCUUGUGCGCUACUAUACAUUUGCACUGGGGUAAAGCCUACUAAAGUGCAGACAAGUCACAUGUGGCAGUUUAUAAAUGUUAGGUGGGUGGCUAUUUUGCUAAAGGGAUACACUUUUUUGCCACGUAUGUAAUUGAUGUCGGUUUUCUGAUAACAGCAGAGUAACAUGAUGAGUACUAAAAGUAGCCUUUGCAUGUUGCAUGUCUGAAAGUGUAUACUUAAUGUGUGAUGUACCCUUGUGCCAUUCGUGUGUGUGAAAGCUAGGUGUGUCCACUUGUAGUCGGUGGCCCCUGUUUCGCAUUCCUCUUUCGGCCGCUCUCCGAUGGCAACAUUUAGAGCAGCCCACUGCGGUAAGGGUGUCAAAGGCAGGCAAUACUGGAGAAACCUCGAAGAGACGCGGUUUGACGCAUUGACAGAAAGUUGUUUGUGCGUGUCUUUAAAGAACGAGCGCUCGUCUCAAACUCUGAGUUCAAAUCCCGGUCGGGAGUCGACUAAGCCUAUCAUCCCCUCUGGGGUCAAUAAAAUGAGCACCGCUGUGUGGGAUCACAACAACUAUCCAAUGCGCAGUGGUGGACAUUCCACAUUGCUAUGACAGGAGGUGAGUUGCAUAAUAUGACAAGACCAGUUGACUUCCCACCAAGUGAUACUCCUUAUAAUAAACCAAGGAAAGUUAGAGAUCUGAGUGAACAUUUUUGGCAAAUCAACCUGGAUUUGAACUUUAGAGUGUUCAGUUAUUGUGAACUCUAGCCGCAGCAAUGUCUGCCAGAUUGAAGUGUUAAGCAUAAAAUAACAAUGGAAUCUGUUAUUGAAGGAAGAUUAGUGACAUAAAUACGUGCCUGUGGUUAUUUUUCAGCAUCCCAUUCUCAAAACCUUUACAGGAUUAUAUCAGGAGUCAAUAAAAAAUCUAAUCCCACAUUGUAUUUUUGAACAUCCCCUUCUGUUGUAUAAUAGUUUGCUUUUGUAGAUUAUACAGCUGGUAUUACAAUAUUAAUUAACUUUAACAUUUUUGACCAUUGAGGCGGUGUUUUGAAAUCCAGAAAUGGUAUAUUCAGUGAUGUAUCACGAAAUGUCCUUUGUCAAGUCAUUUGUACAUGCAUGCGAUUCUGUUGUGUGAAUAUAGUUUUCACACAGUGAUUGAAAUAUCACAUAGUUCUGGGCAACACAAGAACAUUAACAAAUGAAUACAGGUUUGCAGGAUGUCUGAAUUAUUUAACUUAAUGAAAAAUAUCAAUUUGAGCCAAGAAAAAGCCAUGUGCAAUAAGUUGCCGAAUUAAAGAAAAUUUAUUGUUGGAGGCACACAAAUGGACAAAAAAUGUUUAUUUAGGGCAAUUAUUGAGGAUAGACCAGGAUCACAAUUCUGAAAUUCAUAGGCAAGAAAAAGCAGGAUUUAUUCAUUUUGAAAUAUUACAUUUGAUAAUGAAAAGCAACAUACCAUUGCGCUUAAAGAAUAACGUUUGCAAUAAUUCCCUAUCCCCUGCUAUAGCACAUAAUCCAAAACAGACCCGGACAUAGAACAUGGAACAAAGCAGAAAAAUAACCAAAGAUACAUGGAAAGAUGCACGCUGGGAUUUAUGAGAGACAGAAAGUGUAGCACAGACAACUUCAUGAGUUUGUGGUAUGCUCUGAAGCCGAACCUGUUGUUCAACCGUGCUUAGUAUAAUGUUGAUGGAUACAUGAUUAUUGAUUCUUGUUUAUGAUGAUUGUUGGAUACAUCUGAAAUGCUAGAUUACUUCGGCUUGCAUUUGCCAAUAUUGUUACAGUUGGCAGUGGUACAUGACUCAAAACUCAUUUUUCAAACACCAUCAGUUGGUACAACGUUCAUGCAAUGAUGGCAUACUGUGUUGUACCUCACAUUAUCGAACUCAAUCGAAAUUCACUUAACCUCGGGCAGAAAGACAAAUGUUCUAUUGUAUUCAGUGGAAUUGUAAUUAUUAGUUGAUACGAAACAUUGGCAGGGAAGAGGGUGUGAAAUUUAAUUGAACACAACUGCAAGUAAAAUGCUCUUGAGACAUUAUCUGAUAAUUAUUUGUAGGUUAGAACUGCCUGCGUUGAAUAGAUUAACAGUUUUAAAACAAAUUAAUGUGUUCUACAUUUAAUGCUCUUUAAAAGCGUGUUUGAUAAAAAAAAAAUUAAUACUGUACUUGCGGUAAAAGCAGUAUUUAUAGUAAAAAAUUGUUCAUAGUAAAAAUACAAGAAAAUGUUAAAGAUAUUGGAGUUUUUUUUGUGUGUGUUUAUGCAUACGAGUGCUUCGGUCAACAUUCUUUACGGAACCCAAAGUUAAAUAAAAGUGUCUCCAUGUCCCAUC